CUUUUGCGUGCUCCAUUGCUGAUGGCUCCUACCUCACCAAUCCAUGUGUUGUAUUGUUGUUUUCGGGAGUGGGGGAAGUUUCUAUUACCAGGGAUGGUUUAAAAACAAUGUCCGAAGUACUGAUGAAAGAAAUGGAGGAGGUAUCGCUUUGUCACAUAAAAACAGAAGAUCACCCGGAAAAUGGUCGGAGUUUCCUUUUGGUUGAUGAACAAGAAAAUCUGCAGGUCCAUGAUGAGGCUCAGUUCCUGGAGAGGCUGGGCUGCGGGGACAUGCUGGGCGUCAAGGUCCUCUCCAUCUUCGGCAACACGGGCGACGGCAAGUCCCACACCCUCAACCACAUCCUGUUUGGCGGGGAUACUGUAUUCUACACCUCCAAGUCCCCCAGCUCCUGCACAGUGGGCGUGUGGGCCGCCUUUGACCCCGGGCUGUGCCUGGUGGCUCUGGACACAGAGGGCCUGCUGGGGGCGGCGGCCAACCAGAACCAGCGCAUGCGUCUGCUGCUGAAGGUGCUGGCCGUAUCGGACGUGGUGGUGUACCGCACGCGGGCCGAGAGGCUGCACAACGACAUGUUCCAGUUCCUAAGCAGCGCCUCAGGGGCCUACCUGAAGCACUUCACCCCCGAGCUGCGCGCCCUCUCCAGCCGCUGUGGCAUGGACGUUCCCCUCUCCUCCCUGGGGCCGGCGGUCAUUGUGUUCCAGGAGACCACCCACACCCAGCUACUGGGCCAUGAGCGAAUAGAUGUCCCUGGCUAUGCAGACACUCAGCUCCAGAGGCGCUUCCAUGACCUGGGCCUGGGUACAGAGGCCUUCAGCUCAGUGCAGUACGUGGGCACCCAGACCAUCACUCCACCGACCAACUACUCUCUGCUCCUGGAGGCUGUACGCCAGCAAGUCAGGAACACUGCCACACGAUCGCCCCGCCAACCGGCCAUCGUCUUCAGCGCCUUGCAGGCCCUGAGUGACAGGUUCUGUGGGGAGAUCUUAGACAACAAAAUCCCCCUCUACUCCUUCUUCCCUGACGAAUACUUCACCUGCUCUUCAGUCUGCCUCAGCUGCAAUAUCCGCUGUAAGAACGGGAUGAACCAUCUCAGAGACAGAGUCCCUCACCUGGCAGACGGACUGUGUCAGUACGCUCACCAGUACAACAACAAGGUCCUCAUCUGCAAGCGGUGCUAUGAGGGUGGCAGGGAGGUUAUUGUCAUUCCUAAAACCUCAGCCUCCACAGACAACCCCUGGUUUGGGUUGGCAAAGUACGCCUGGUCUGGGUAUGUCCUGGAGUGUGGCAGCUGUGGCAUCAUCUACCGCAGCCGUCAGUACUGGCUGGGCAACCAGGACCCAGAGAGCGGCGUGGUGCGGCCCGAUGUCAAACACGUCUGGGAGGGGUCUGAGGCCUUCCUGACAGACCACCAGAAUGCUGCGCAGAGGGUGCUGGAUGGGAUGAACGUUGUGAUCCAGUCUGUGUCGGAGUACAGCACGGGCCCCACCAAGGCUGUCACGUCCUGGCUCACUGACCAGGUGGCCCCGCUCUAUUGGAGACCCAACACGGACAUCACCGUGUGUCACUGCUGUAAGAAGCCCUUUGAGGAGGCAGAGAGGAAGCACCACUGUCGUUGGUGUGGCGAGGGCUUCUGCCAGGCCUGCUCCACCCACAGCAUGCCCGUACCCGAGAGGGGCUGGGGAAGCACCCCCGUCCGGGUCUGUGAUACCUGCCACCGCCAGGGAGGGACCGACACCACCAACCAGGUGUCUGUGGUGGAGCCGCGGGGGCUGAUGGCCCGCAGGUUGACAGAGGUGGCCCAGUCUACUCUAGACAUGGUCACCACUGCAGUGGACUAUCCUCUGUGCUUUGUGAAGGGAGUGGCCCGGCCUGACUACUGGAUCCCCGACCAGCAGAUCGUGCAGUGCCAUAAGUGCAGAAAAGCCUUCACCCCCAGUAUGUCCAAGCACCACUGCCGGGCAUGUGGCCAGGGUGUCUGCAGCGGUUGCUCCUCAAAGAGCCGCCCAGUGCCCUCCCGUGGCUGGGACCACCCUGUCCGCGUCUGUGACGACUGUGCCAGCCACAAGGGCAGCCUGUGAGGUCAGGGCAGAGACCAAGGAUACUGUGCUACUAGGUAUCUGAAAUCUAGUGAGAUGCCACAGCACACCACAUUUUGCUUAUCUCUGUCUCUCUAUGCACCAUGAGCCACUGACCUUUUUAAGAGAAAAAUACCCAAUCCAGGUGACCCCUGCCCUAUAGGGAAGGCACUCGGGUGUGAUGUGCUGAAGAAGCACUCUAAACAUGGGACUGCCUCAUCUGAUAUCGACUGCCUAAAAACCAAGAACUAAACUAGCGGGAUCAAGAACUGGACUUCUGACAACUGGAAAGCUGCGACAGUUGUAAAUGACUGAGUAAACCUCCUCCAAACAACCCACUGUUUGCACUGAAAGACAUUAGCCCGACAACUUUUCUGUUUGCACACAGAUCUCUACUUGCGACCGGGAAGAAUCUUAAUAUUAUUCUUACCUGUUGGGAGUGGCUGAACAUUGAUGAGUUAGGUUAGGUUUUAAUUCGGCUGUGGGCUUGUAGUGGCCAGCCAAGCCUUUGCCUCAGACCCCACCAAGGAGUAUAACAGCCCUGUAACCUGACAGAGGAGACACAUGAAGUGACAUCACAACAUGCUCUUCCUCCCUGAAUGCGAUCUCGGGCAGUGUGCCAUGUUUUUGAGUUGAUGCACAAGGCAGGAAAAUGAAUAAAUAUGUGACAUGCAGACAUUCCAGUUGACAUUAGGGUCCCUUUUCACACCGUCUUGCUGACCCCAUCCAUACUGUGCUGGCUCAUUUAUUUUCCUUUAACAUUGUCCUUUCCAGCAUGGUUCCAGCAACUAGGGUGGAUUAUUAACCAGGUCAGUACUGCUGGGCCCGGCUCACUAGUGUGAAAGGGGUAUAGUAUCUUAACAGGUGGGCACUUUUGUGAUCCAUUGAUGUUUUGAAACAAGCACAUUAUUUUUAAUGAAUACUGAGGGUUUAGUUAGUGAAAAGGCACGCAAGGCAGUGCUGUAUCAUGAAUACAGUCUAAGGUAAAUGGCGUUGUUCGGCCCGGCGCUAGAACGGAGUCGACUUAUUUGCCUGUGACUGUAUUCAUGAUACAGCACUGCCUUGCGUGCCUUAUUGUUUUUAGAAAUCUGUUACCAACAUGUUCAAAUAACAAUGCAUUACAUAUUUUCAUUGACUUUAUUUGAUAAGUAAAUUCAUAAAAUUACCUUAUUCUACCAGGAGAUAUAGUGCGGACAAAAAUCUGGUUCUUUUGGUCAUGUUGCUACAGAUGCGACCUAGUCGUUAAAGAUUCUUGCAUAGUUGCUAUGCAACAGGAUGGUCAUCAGUUCUACUAAACAAAAUGGUUGCUAUGCAAGCAGGAUAACUUUCGUGUCACUAGCUAGCCAACUUCAGCUCAGUCAAGUCAUACAUUGAACCUGGAAUGACCGUACACUAGAUACAUUUUCGUUUGAGCUGUUUUCUAUUGCCAUGUACUUGGAUUUGUUCAUGAUAAUGGCUUUGAUGCGUGAUUUCGCCUAGCUCAGAAAAGGUUGUCUCGUCUGGUCACAGAGAAAUUGAAGAGUUCAACAUUGUUUCCGAGGUUGGACAGGCAGACAGCGAGGUUUAUAUUAACCCCGCUAUACCAAAAUAUAUGCUAGUCUGGAAGCAAGGGGAAAUAAUGUGCGAGUUGAGAUAAAGACGAGAUGAUUCGGACAGCAACAGGAACAUGGCAUGAUGGAACUGUUAUCAGGCAUCCAGGAUCCAAACAACCAGUUUAAUUAUUAGAAUUAUUAGUAAUUGUAAUGUAAUUGUUGGAAGAAAUCUCAAAUUGAAUCGCUUGCUUGUGUAAAGCACAGAUUAUUUGCAUUUGCAGUAAUAUUGUCUAUCCAGUAUCCAUUGAUGUGACUGUUGAUGUUAGCUAUUGAUGUUAGCCGAAUUAAAAAGGCAAUUUCAUUUCUCCAUCAGAUUUUAUUCUCUUUAUCGAGUACUGGAUCCUAUAAUACUUGCCUUCUGUAUAGUCAUAACCAAUUGUUGUUUUAUGCAAUGCGUAUAUACUAUGAGAUUCUGGGUAUAUGACAAUCUUUAUUUAAAAAAAAAUAAUUAUCAGUCUUUUCUGAAUUUUAAUUACCUGAAGCCAUCCCACUGGGCACACUCUGGUUGAAUCAACGUCAUUUGUCAACUUAUUGUGACGUGGAAUGUUUGUGGAAAACACAUUUGGAUUUCCAAAAAGUAAUCAACCAGUACUGUUCAUCUCAUUACAACCAGCAUAGUAAACAUUGAAAUGAGGGUACAACUUAAAUACAAUUACUUAACCUGACUAACAGGUUGUUACAUCAAUUGAAUUACAACAUAAUCAUCAGAAAUAUGUUUGUUGAAAGUGCGUUGAAAAUUCCACAUCCUGUAUUCCAUAAACAGUAUAUUUUGUGGUUGAAAUUAAGUAGAAUUUCAUAUUUCAUUAGAUGUUUUAUUUUAUCUUGUUUAAAUGUUGAUAUUAAAAUGGUAUAUUUGAAUUAACGUCAUUAUGUCAAUGUCAUCCCAUCAACCUAAAUAAAGAGGUAUGUUGAAAUACAAUUCAA